AUGGAGCAGAUCGAGACGCAGGCUUCCGAUUUGCGCUUUCUCUCGCAGGCUCAAGUUCCACUGAGCAACUCGCCCAGCGUCACCUACGAAACACCCAGGCCUGGGCCGCAGCACCAGCACCAGCACCAGCUCCAGCACCAGCAGCACCAGCAGCAGGACCACGACCAUGACAGUCCUGGUUCCGCGUCCUUCGGAGGCAAUUCCGCGACGCAUGGCGGCGACCCAGCAGCCAACAAGAGGAAAUCGACCGAUGAUGGCUUGAGCUCGGCCAAGCAAACGCGCAGCAAGCGAAAUCGGUACAUUUCCAUUGCAUGUAAUGAAUGCAAGAGACGCAAAAUCAAGUGCAAUGGCGAAACACCAUGUAAGCGCUGCGGCAACAUGGGGCUGAAUUGCCUUUAUACGCCAAACUGCUGCGCAAACACCUUCAAAGAUUCGGAAGAGUACAAACUCGUCACCUCUCACCUCAGCGCCCUGCAAGAUGAAGUCGUCGCUCUCAAACAGACUGUCCAGGCCAUGCAGCCAACCAUGGGAGACCGCUCCCAGAUGGCGUCAGCCUCCAUCAUGGCGCAAGGAAUGAUUGCCCCUUCACCAGCCCAGAGCUCCCUCUCGGGCCAGCCCAGUAUCGGCCAAGCCAGGACUCCAGGCGUCUACCGAGGGUCCACCAGCAGUUCGCACAUGAUUGGCAUCGCCCAGAAUAAUACAGGAAUUACAUACCCAGACCUGGACACGGCCAAUCAAUCAGAACCACAGCUCCAGCCGCUCAUUGUUGGAGUCGACCCUAUCCUAGACUACAGCAAGGAUGAGAUGCUUCGUCUCUGCCAAGUUCAUGACGACGAGAUUGGCAUCAUGUACCCAGUUCUCAACAUGGGAAGCGUCACAGAGCAUGCGCGGCAUAUUGCCACGCAGUUUGGUUCCCUGCGCCAACAGCCCGCUGCCCAACUUUUUACCGACGACAAGACACUCGAGCUCAAGAUGGUCAUGUGUUGUGCGCUCGUGGUUGAGGAGAACGGCCCUAGUAUAAAGGCCCAGAAGCUUUUUGACAGCAUGGAGUCGGUUCUGAAUCGCAAGCUACUGACCGACGAUGCAUACAUUUCCACUCUGCCUCUGCUAUGUAUAUUUGCGGGCUAUCGGUUCCUGACCGAUGCCGAGGGCUUGGCAUGGCGCAUCAUUGGGCAGGUAUGCCGACUGUGUCUGGAACUCGGUUUACAUCGAUCCCAGGUCCACCAGUCUAUUGAGGACCCGGUUGAGCGCCGACUAGCUCUCAACAGCUUCUGGUCUGCCUACGUACUAGACCGCCGUUGGGCUUUCAACACUGGACUGCCCUAUGUAAUUCAAGAUGCGGAUAUUGACCCCAAGUUGGAAUAUCCGACAGAACACCCCUAUCUUGUUUCCAUGAUAUCAUAUUCCAAGCUCGGCGCCAAAGUCUGGACCCUCGUCGAGCAGCGCCGGACCUCAUUUCUCGAUAAUGAGAAGCCUUGGGUGCAGGAAAUCGAGAGGCUUGAUGCCGAGAUUAUUGCUUGGUAUGCACGCGUGCCGCCUGAAGUGCAAAUCAGGGACUGGCAUGAGGAGGGUCACAUAAACUCGACGUCGUCGUAUAAUUUGCAACGACUCAGAGUCUGGACCUAUCUCCGCAAAAACCAAAUACGUAACUGGCUGCACGCACCAAUUCUGCACACAACCAACUCCAUCAUGGGCGCACCGCAUCUCGCUCAAGUAUGUGUCGAUGUGGCCAAAGACACGGUCGCGUACCUACAUCAAGUGAACAGCCAUACGGACAUGAUUCGAAGAUCCCAAGCCUUUUACAGCCAAUUUCUAGUUUCGGCGCUGGCAAUCAUGUUUUUGGCGUCGACUCAAGCACCUGUGCAGUUUUCUUCUAUUUGCAGAGAAGACUUUUACACUGGGCUGAGUCUGAUAGAAGAUUUGUCGCCGCAGAGCCACAUUUCCAAGCGUCUGUGGCGCAUAGUCUGGUCGCUCCGCGACUACCUUCAACAUCUCGCCCCCAAGCAGAACAACGACGCCCAUUCCAACGCCGCGCUGGGCAUGAUUGGUCUUGCCAGAGGCGGGCGCAUGGACACUGCCGCGACUCCUCAGUACGCCUAUGGCGGUCCCGGCGGGGGCAUGACCAUGGCGCCGGGAGGCAUACCCGACCCUUCUGACCUGGAGCAAAACGGCGCCAGGCUGUCGAGCCAACUCUGCCACAUUUACGAAUCCUUUGUGAGCCACAACGGGUUCAACAAUAUUCGGCUGGACCCAAACGACAUUCAAACGCCGGAUCAGGCAAGAGCUCUGGCGCAAACGCAGUUCUUUACCACCAUGAGACAAAUGUUUUGA